AUGGCAUAUGGCUUUAAACCAUGCACGCCCAAUUGGAGGGCCAGUCCGUCUUUUAUCAUAGCGACGGUAGCCGUUGGUCUCUUUACCGACCUGUUACUCUACGGCAUCGUGAUCCCGGUGCUGCCUUUCAUGCUCCACGACCGCCUAGCUAUUCCUGCUUCUCAGCUCCAGCCGUACACAUCCAGGCUGCUCGCGGCAUAUGCAGGAGCCUCCACUAUUUUUGCCCUCCCCGCCGGAUGGGCCGCCGACAAGAUCGGAUCUCGCCAGCCUCCGUUUCUUGCUGGUGUGGUACUUCUCUUUGGUGCGACUACCUUGCUGGCAUUCGGCCGCACAAUCACCUUGUUUUACGUCGCGAGAUUGCUUCAGGGCAUGGCGGCUGCGAUCGUGUGGACGACGGGUUGUGCCAUGAUCCAAGACACAGUUGGCCCACGACAACUAGGAGAAACCAUUGGAACGAUAUUCUGCUUCAUAUCCGCCGGUGACCUCAUUGCGCCUCUGCUCGGCGGCGUCCUAUACGACAUGGGCGGCCUCGUUACCUUGUAUGGUGUAUCGUCUGCGCUAUUGGCAGUUGACCUCGGCAUGCGAAUGCUCGUUGUUGACGCCAGAAAGGCCAAAACUUACAGCCAGUCUCAGUUCAACCAACGAGACAAUGCGGAUGACUCUUCAACGACAGCCGCAAAGCGAAGCCUACAAAAUCACCAGACAACCUGA